AAUUGGUAUCAGAGCAAAGUCUCCAAUUUGAAGGUUUAACCACCUAGGAGUUGAUCAAGGAUGGCUCAAUUUCAAGCUUCUCAACCACUUGAAGGUAAGAUCAUGAUCAACAACAAAGCAAUCAACAUGCUUCAAUGUGCUCUUAAUCCAACGGAAUUCCAUAGAGUAUUCGGAUGUGAUACGGCCAAGGAGAUGUGGGACAUGUUGGAGAUGAAACUAGAGGAGAGCAUUCAAGAUAUGUAUACAAGAUUGAAUGAUAUAGUCACCAAUCUCAAGGCUCUUGGUAAAGUUUAUCCUUCUCAAGAAGUGGUGAGGAAGGUUCUUAGAAGCUUGCCUAAGAAUUGGGAAGCCAAGAAGACCGCAAUUGAAGAGUCUAAGGAUCUCAACACUCUUAAGCUUGAAGUUCUCAUUGGAAAAUUGAUGACAUAUGAGAUAGAAGUUCAAGUUGAUGGUGGAGUUGAAAUAGUUGAGAAGAAGAAGAAGGAUGUUGCAUUCAAGGCUAGCAACCAAAAGGAAAAGAGUGAAGAUGAUGCUAGUGAUGGUGAAAACAUCUCCACCUUGAUCUCUAGAGAAGUGAGGAGAUUCAUGAAGAAGAACAUCAAGAGCAAGCUUGCACAAAGAGAUGAAGGAGAGUCUACCAAAAGGAAUGUGAAAUGCUAUGAGUGCAACAAGAUGGGGCACUAUAGAAAUGAAUGUCCCAAUUUGAAAAAGGGUGAGAAGAAAGGCAAGAGGAGCAUGAAGAAGAAAGCAUUUGCCGCCACUUGGAGCGAUGAUGAGACUAGCUCAACGGAAAGUGAAAGCUCCUUGGAGAAAGGUGUUGCAAAUCUUUACUUCAUGGCUCAAGAGGAUAACAACCAUGAUGAGGAGGUAAACUCUAACUUCUCUAGUUCAAUUAAUGAAACUUCAUUUGAGUAUUCUUAUGAUGAUUUAUGCAAAGUUCUUGAUUGCUUUAUAAAUGACAUUAAGAAACUAGGAAAUGAGAAUAUUGCUCUUACUAAAACCAUUUCAUUGCUUAGGAAUGAAAUUGAAUCUCUCUCAAAACAAAAUGAGGUUUUAGUUAAAGAGAAUGCCUCUUUAAAUGGUGAGAUUGCUUCUUUAAAGAAUGAGGAGUCUAAUAAUGCUUUGAAAAAGGAAAAUGAGGAUUUAAAGAAGGAAAAUGAAGAUUUAAAGAAGGAAAAUGAAGAUUUAAAGAAGGAAAAUGAAGAUUUAAAGAAGGAAAAUGAGGUCUUAAAGAGAAAAGCUUGUGAUUUUGAGAAUGUGAUUUCCAAUUUACCUUGAGUAAAGAAAAAUUUGAUUUUAUAUUAAAAUCUCAAAGAAGUAUUUGUGACAAAGGGGGCAUUGGAUUUGAUUAUUCUAAAAAGCAAAAGACUUUUAAGAAUUCUUUUGUAAGAGCAAGUCAAUCCUCUCAUCCUAAUGUUACUUGCUAUUGUUGUGGUGUAAAAAAGGGACACUUUGCUU